CCAUGACAUAUUUUUCGCGAUUAUGCUGUUUUGUUUCAUUCUGUUAUAUUUUAAUUCAUAUUGGUCCAAACAUAACAAACUUAUCUUACAUAAUAUUUUCAUAAUUUUUUAUGCACUGACUCAACCGCCUCUCAUUAAAAUCAACAAGCUGAUAAAGAAGUGUUUCAGAGUCAAUCUACAAAAAACACCCGAGAAAACUGGUUUGAGCAAAGUAUGUCGAACAAAGAUUGUGUUCCGCAUUUGCUAUUUUUGGGCCUGUUGGAACUUAUUAUCUCUUCCUUUAUUUUGUUGUGCACAAAAGCUAGAAUCUUCAAACAGGUCACUGUUGAUCGUUCGCGUGUUGCGAAGACAUUUUCAAAUGGUCUUAACUUGAAACGUAGAUCUUAAUUGUAGGCUUCGUGUGGGGGAUAGGUUUUAAUAAACUGGAAACAUAAUUCAAUGAACUGAAGCAGAUUUUUUUUUUUGACAAUUAUGACCAAAUGAAGUAAACCAGCUGAGAGUUCCUUUCAAGAUUAAAGAAGGAAUAAUAUUCAAACAACUUGGUGGUGUCAAUUAUGUUUAACUCAGUUAUAGAACAACAGACGGACAGAUUGGUAGGGAAACUUAAUUUUGUGCAAAAUGCUGUUGAGUUGGCUGACGCCGCUAUUUUUCGUGGACGUUGUCGUCCGCGAUUUGGAUCUUCCGAAAGGAUCGUUUCAAAUCGACAAGCUCCACAGGACCAAUGUAACGAUCGAGAAUACGGCCUGGAACUAUGACGUUCAUCUGGCCCAUAUGGAAGUGGUACCUGCCAAAGGAAAGCCAGUUCACGUUUCGUACUUCGUUAAAGAAAGUUUGGGUAAGGAACAUGUCGGUGUUUAUGGGCAAGAAGCGGGUGGACAAUUUUCGAAGGAAUCAACCAUCUAUCAGGAUCUGCUGCCGGCGUUUAAUCAAAUGUUCGAUUCCACCAUUACCUUUGCUCCAAAGUUCUACAAAUACGCAACGGAUCCUCACGACAUUUUGGUUCUGGAGGAUGUAAGAUCGAAGGGAUUCGUGAUGAACAGUGGCUACAAACGGUUUGACUUGGAUAAAGCGAAGAAAGUUCUAUUGAAACUGGCUCAAUUCCACGCAGCAUCGGCGGUUUAUCAUUCACAGCACGGUGUUAUCAACGAUUCGUUCAAGGAAGGCAUGUUCGGAGAAAGUAUUGAUGGCCAUGCAAACAUUUUUCUUCUACCAUAUUACAGAGCAUUCGUUGAAAGCUUGGAAAACCGUAACUAUUCAAACGACAUUGUUGAGUUGAUACGUAAAUGGGAUAAAAACCCAAUCACCGCCAUCGGAAAGAUGUUAAAAUACAAUCCGGAUCGAUUCAACGUUCUCAACCAUGGCGAUCUAUGGGCUUACAAUCUCCUCUUCCGAGACGAUGAUCUGAGAAUGAUGGAUUUCCAGUCCGCCUUCUGGGGCAGUCCAUCGUUCGACAUCCUCAUCUUCCUGUUCAACGCCGUCAGAGUGGAAGAUGUUGUCGGUUCAUUCGAUGAACUGAUCGAGCUGUACUACCAGGAGUUGGUGAAGCGUCUAGAACAGUUCAAAUACUCCAAACCGAUACCAACCCAGGAAGAAUUCAAAAAGGACAUUGCCGAUCACGGUUUUGUGGGGGCCAUCCAGUUGGAGGAAAUCAUUCCGACAGGGUUCCUUUUGGCGCUGGCCGAUCCCGACGAGCUAAAGAUGGCUAGGGCGAAUAGUAAGCAAGAAAAAGAAGCCCUGAGGAAGCUGUUUCAGGUUGAGGAACUGGUACACGAGAUCGAUACGCUGCUGCCGUUUGCAUUCGAGCGAGGUUUCCUGAAUCUGCCCAAGAUGCUUCUAAGCUGGCUUACACCGAUCUUUUUCAUCGACGUGAUCACCAAAGAUCUAGGGCACCAAGAGGGAACAUUCCGGAUCGAAGAUCUUCACCGCACCAAUGUAACAACCCAGAUUACGACUUGGGAUUCGGACAUCCAUCUGGCCCACAUGGAAGUGACAUCGGAUUGUAUGAAAGGUUACCCCGUACAUGUUUCGUAUUUUGUCAAAGAAAGAAUCGUCAAUGAAGAACCGCACAGUGUCCAAUCGUCGGAACAAUUCGAAAAGGAAACCAUUAUUUAUAGGGAUCUGUUGCCGGCGUUCGAAAGAAUGUUCAAUUCGAGCAUCACAUUCGGUCCAAAAUUUUUUAAGCACGUGACAACGCCUCACGAUAUUUUGGUGCUGGAAAACGUCAGAUCCAAAGGCUUCGGGAUGCACGAUUCAUACAAGCGGUUCAACUUGGAGGAUAGUAUAAAAAUACUUUCGAUCCUGGCGCAAUUUCACGCAGCUUCUGCCGUCUACCAUUCACAGCAUGGUGCCAUCAACGAAUCAUUCAAGGAAGGCCUGUUUGGAGAAAGUUCGGCAGAUGCUGGAGACCAAACCGUUCUUCCGUACUACAAACCAUUUGUCGAAAGCUUGGAGAGUAGAAAUUAUUCGAGCGAAAUUCUUGAUUUGAUACGUCAAUGGGAUCAGAAUCCAGUUUCCGCCAUUAGCAAGAUGUUGAGAUAUAAUCCGGACCGAUUCAACGUGCUCAACCAAGGCAAUCCUUGGGCUAACAAUGUUCUCUUCCGAGGUGAUGAACUGCGGAUGAUGAAUUUCGAGGAAGCUUUCUGGGGAAACCCAUCGAUCGAUGUUCUCUUGCUCCUAUUCAACGCAGUGAAAGUAGAAGUGGUGGUCGCAUCAUUCGAUGAUCUGAUCAGUUUUUACUACCAAGAAUUGGCAAGGAAUCUCAAGCAACUCAACUAUUCCAAACCGAUACCGACUCUAGAGGACAUCCGGCAAGACAUUUCCCGCUACGGCUUUGUUGGUGCCAGUCAGUUGCAAGCAGACAUUCCGCUGAAUUACUAUACCUCGUACGCUAACCCGGAGGAAUCUAACUUCCCAGUACAGAUGGACAAUCCAGAAGGGUACGAAUAUCUGAAGGCUAUAUUUGAGAUGGAAGAAUUGCAGAACGAGAUCGGACCGCUGUUGAAUUUUGCAUACGAGCGUGGUUUUCUACAACUUCCUAGAAUUUAGAAAUAUUGAUCAAUUAAAAACUAAUGAUGCCAAAAAUCAAUCCAAAUUAGGGAAUGUGUAACAAUUGCGAAUUGGUCAAAUAAAAAUUUAAGCAAAUCGAUUCAA